AUGCCCCUGUUUAUGCUCUCCGGCCUUCCGUCUCCGCAGAAAAAGGCUCUUUUUGAGUCUCUUCUUGCAGGCGUUCUUGGGCGGUACAAACAAGAGGAAACAGAGGAAAGUUGCGCUGAACGGGCGGGUGUGGACUCGGUACUGGUUGUGCUGCAGAACUCGGUCGGGGUUUCGGCCAAGGAGGAAACGGCCCGGCUGCGGUCUGUGAUACAGAACAGGCUCAGCAAGAGAGUUCUUGUGGUGAUAUACGCCCCUCUGCACAUAAAGGGCCUGCGGUACGAAAUCGCGUCUGUGGCCAAAAACAUGGGUAUAGACGCUGCGCACAUCUACUGCGCCUCCGCAUAUGGGGAGGGCGGAGACAUUUCGGCCAAAAGCGUUGAAGCCGUGUUUGGCAGCGCCUGCUCAGCUUGCGAGAUACACGUGGGAGGAGGCGCUGUAGAGGACUUUGCAGUGGUGUCUAGAGUGUUUGAGAAGCCUCGGAAGGCAGACAAGUGGGACUCCCCGUGCUUUACUGCAGACGCGGGCAACAUUGACGUGUGCGCAGAGGUGGCUCUGGAAAAGGUGUGGAGCAUACUGCACAAGACUGUGAAGGCGCGGACGUCUUCGAAAAGGCUCGUUUCCAGCCCCAUGAGCACGCAGUACUUCCAGCGAGUGAAGGAGUGCAUGGACGCAGUUCUUGAGGAAAAAAGAAAAACUGCGGACGUUCCCUUGAAGGUUGCGCGACAGUCGGAAGAGGACUUCAUAAGCUCAAUAAAGAUGUCUCCCCCGCCAGUGGAAAGGGUGCGGGAGAUAUACGCCUUUUUCCUGGACAAGUAUACGCAGUGA